UCAACCAGGUCUUCUCGCCGUCCAAGUUCCAGCAAGCAAACAUGGGCAUACAAAAGGUGUACCUGGAAAAGAUGGCAGGGUUCUUCCAGAUCCGCAACCUUCUGCUCCGCCAGGCCUUGGCAGAGUGUCUUGGCACCCUCAUCCUAGUGAUGUUUGGCUGUGGUGCUGUAGCCCAGCUGGUUCUGAGUGGAGGAUCCCAUGGCAUGUUUCUCACUGUUAACUUCGCUUUUGGCUUCGCUGCCACCCUUGGCAUCCUGGUCUGUGGCCAAGUGUCUGGAGGCCAUCUGAACCCUGCUGUGACCUUUGCCCUGUGCCUGCUUGGGAGAGAGCGCUGGAGAAAGUUCCCUGUGUAUUUUGCCUUCCAGACGCUGGGGGCUUUUCUUGGCGCCGCAAUAAUCUUCGGCAUGUACCAUGAUGCCUUGUGGGACUUUCCUGGAAGUUUCAAUAUUACCGGGCCAAAAGCCACAGCUGGCAUCUUCGCUACCUACCCUGGAAAACAUCUCACCAUUCUCAAUGGCUUCUUCGAUCAGAUCAUUGGCACGGCAGCCCUGAUUGUGUGUAUCCUGGCCAUUGUGGACCCGUACAACAACCCCAUCCCACAGGGUCUGGAGGCCUUCACUGUUGGCUUCGUUGUUCUGGUCAUUGGACUUUCUAUGGGCUUCAACUCUGGCUAUGCUGUAAACCCCGCCAGGGACCUGGGACCACGCCUUUUCACUGCCAUAGCUGGCUGGGGAAAAGAUGUUUUUACUGUGAGGCAAUGCUGGUUCCUGGUGCCCAUCUUUGCCCCAUUCCUUGGAACCAUCAUUGGAGUGAUGGUCUACCAGCUGAUGGUUGGCUUCCAUGUGGAAGGAGAGGCGCGGGACAAAGAGAACCAACAGCAGGAAAACGAGAGAGUUCGGCUCACCAACAUCACCACAAACGACAACCUCAAAGAGACCACCAAGGAAAUGCCGUGAGCGGCCUCACAUUUGGGUCGCGCAAUCAACACCACUCUUGAAGAGCCGCACACAAACCCAUGCAUAUUUUGUAAAUAGACAAACACACAGACAGUCAUGCACAAAACACGACAUAUCUUCCAUUUCGUCUACUAUUUUCCUUUCCAAACCACCGGUCAGCCUUCCGGCCAACUGCCAGGCCAUCCCUCCAAAGACAACCAAAACCUCUUACGCCUCUGUGUUUGUGAGAACAGACAUGGUGGAAGGUUCCUUAGCCAGUGUAGCUGCAUAACAGUUUCUUUACACCAUGGCAUGAUUGUAUUAGGCAGUAGAGGAAGAACUGUGUGCGAACGUAGAGGGGGAAUGUAACUUCAAGAACAUAGAAUUACAUUAAUUCUUCUGUUUUCACGUUUCACAUUUUCACAUCCAAAACUUGGAUCGCGGUGUCUCUAGCACUCCUCUAAGGACAGUAUUGUAUGCUCUAUACCAUUGUAGUUUUAUGUAGUUUUUUUUUUGUGACAUUGUAUUUAUAUAGCUGUAUUAGGUGGGUGUACAUUUGUAUCCCAACCCUAACUAAUUACUGUUUUUUCUUCUCUUUUUUUGUGUUAGUCCUGAACCUUUCAUUGUAAGCUUUGUGACUUCAGGGAAUAGUCUUAUCUAUUUCACCCUAGCGGUAUAAACGUAUGAAAAUGGUGACGUGACUGAGAUGAAUAUCGUGCGGUCUGAAUAAUGCAGCUUCAGUCGCUGGCAACGUAACAAUAAUUUGUAGAUACGCCUCAGGUGUCUGUAUUGUCUACAACUGCAUAAUGUGGUGAGGCAACCUAUUCAGCAACCUCUGAUUGUUUCACUAUGCCACUGCUGUCUUAGUGGGUCUCCUAUGCACUUUCUACAUACUGUAAACUGUUGACUAUUUGGCCAUUGUUGAGAGAGCUGAAAGCCAGUGUGACGUGUCCUCGGCUAGGCGAGUGCAUUUCCCUUGAGCAAAGUCAAAGGUUAUUUUACCCUCCAAGUUACAUGCAUGUAAAUAUAAGCAGUGUAUCCAGAUAAGACAAAAACUACCAUUUUGGACUUAAUCAACUCAAGGGAUUUUUGAAAUCAACUGUAUUUCUUCAAAAAUAGCAUAAUUUUUUUUUUAAUCUUUCACGUCUUUACCUUGUGUAACUGUCUAUGCCUAGGAGCAAAAGUACCUGCGAGAUCUCUGUACCUUGUUUGAUGGUCAA